UGAUCCCCCCAACCCGCUAAUCAGGGCUCGGGGGCGAUUAGUCGCCCCAAAAGCGGCUUGACGGGUGGGUAAGCCCGGCUUGGCCAGCGCCCGCCCGUCGGAUAAGCCGAGCUCAGCCGCGCUUUGCGGCGUUAGCCCCGAUUAGGGGGCCGGGGGGGGUCCGGCCCCAUCCGCCCCCCUCCCUAUAAAGGUCCCGCCGGCCGCCCCCCUGGCCCGCACCCCUCUGCGUCCGCCCGUCCGUCCCCGCCGCCAUGCAGAAGUCGCGGGAGGGCCAGGAGGAGCUCCCGGAGGACUUCUACAUCCCCAUGGCCCUGGACACCCCCAACCUGACGGCGCUGAGCCCCUUCCUGGUGCCCCAGACCCACCUGGGCAGCCCCGGGGUCUUCAUGGGGAUGUCGGCCUUCAUGUUCAUGCUGAUCGCCCUGGGGGUGCCCAUCAACGCCCUCACCAUCUUCUGCACCGCCAAGUACAAGAAGCUGCGCUCCCACCUCAACUACAUCCUGGUCAACCUGGCCGUCUCCAACCUGUUGGUCAUCUGCGUCGGCUCCACCACCGCAUUCUACAGCUUCUCCCAGAUGUACUUCGCCCUGGGGCCCACCGCCUGCAAGAUCGAGGGCUUCGCCGCCACCCUCGGAGGCAUGGUGAGCCUCUGGUCGCUGGCGGUGGUGGCCUUCGAGCGGUUCCUGGUGAUCUGCAAGCCCCUGGGCAACUUCACCUUCCGGGGCAGCCACGCCGUCCUGGGCUGCGCCGCCACCUGGAUCUUUGGCCUCGUCGCCUCCGUGCCCCCCCUCUUCGGCUGGAGCAGGUACAUCCCCGAGGGGCUGCAGUGCUCCUGCGGCCCCGACUGGUACACCUCCAACAACAAGUGGAACAACGAGUCCUACGUCAUCUUCCUCUUCUGCUUCUGCUUCGGCGUGCCCCUCGCCAUCAUCAUCUUCUCCUACGGGCGCCUGCUCCUCACCCUGCGCGCGGUGGCGAAGCAGCAGGAGCAGUCGGCCACGACGCAGAAGGCGGAGCGGGAGGUGACCAGAUGGUGGUGGGUGAUGGUGCUGGGCUUCCUCGUCUGCUGGGCGCCCUACUCGGCCUGCCUCUGGGUGGUGACGCACCGCGGGCAGGCCUUCGACGUGGGGCUGGCCUCCGUCCCCUCCGUCUUCUCCAAGGCCUCCACCGUCUACAACCCCGUCAUCUACGUCUUCAUGAACAAGCAGUUCCGCUCCUGCAUGCUGAAGCUGGUGUUCUGCGGGAAGAGCCCCUUCGGGGACGAGGACGACGUCUCGGGAUCCUCGCAGGCCACCCAGGUCUCCUCCGUCUCCUCCAGCCAGGUCUCGCCCGCGUAGGCCGCCCCACGGCAGCCUCUGCCCCACGGCGUUCGCCCCACGGUGGGCUCGGGCCCCCCCCCCACACACAUCUCC